AUGCGCCCACACACAAUAACAACAACCACGACGCCAGUCAAACAGCCCCCAAGAUACGGCCUCGCCCCCAAGUCCUCGAUAUCCGAUGCCAACCUCAUCUCUCGGAUAUCGAAAUGGCUAUGGUCGUGCCGGACUACUUCAACUACAACUACAGACACUAGCGCAAAGGCCGGUCCAACUGCCGAUGUGGAGCACCACGAGAUCCGAUCUAGCACGUCCGACCACCACGCCGUCGAGAAUGCUUUCCCCUGUCGCGCGUGCCAGGCCUGGGGCGUUGAGUGUGACCAACAGAAACCACGCUGCUCGCAUUGUCUCGAUCAGCAGAUUCUGUGCUUCUACGUCGAGCCGUUGCGGGUGACAAUGAAGCGGUCAAAACUGGAACGGGCCCAACAAAAGGCUGUUGCCUAA